UAGUGCACCUCUGUAAGCAGUGGCUGUUUCUUAAAGCAAAAGGAAACACGGCGGCCAGCGAGUCUUGAAACCUGUUUACAUUUAUUUUAACGGUGAACAACCGGCUGUAGGUUCCCAGGAUGUUUUCUCUCGGGGAGACCAUGGAGUUUCUCAUCGGAAAUCCAUUUUCAACGCCCGUCGGACAGAGAAUCGAUCGAGCAACCAGCGGCUCUCUGGAGUCGGAGGACUGGGGACUCAACAUGGAGAUAUGCGACAUCAUCAAUGAGACCGAUGAGGGGCCCAGAGAUGCCGUCAAGGCCAUUAAGAAAAGAAUUGUAGGAAACAAGAACUUCAGAGAGAUUAUGCUGGCUCUCACUGUUCUUGAGACCUGUGUAAAGAACUGUGGCCAUCGCUUCCAUGUCUUGGUGGCUUCACAGGAGUUUGUUGAAGGGGUUCUGGUCCGUUCCAUUUUGCCCAAAUACAACCCCCCCACAGCCCUGCAUGACCGUGUUCUCAGCCUCAUACAGUCAUGGGCUGAUGCCUUUCGCAGCUCUCCCUCCCUGGUGGGGGUGGUGCAUGUGUAUGAUGACCUAAGGCGGCGAGGUCUGGAGUUUCCUAUGACAGACCUGGACGCGCUCUCACCCAUUCAUACUCCAAACAGGAGUAUCCCCGAGAACGGGACACCUGAGGAGACCUCUGUCUCUGCUCCCACACGUCCGUCACCAGAGCAAGUUCCUGCCGCCGCCACCCCCAGUCAAAAUACCUCAUCUCCAGUCCAAGUCAGUAAUGGACCAGUCCCACUCACUCCAGAACAGGAGCAGAAGCUGCGGAGCGAGCUGGCCCUGGUUAAAGGAAACCUGGCAGUAAUGUCUCAAAUGUUGAACGAACUAAAGCCUGGACAGAGCACAGCAGACGAUGCAGAGCUGCUGCAGCAGCUGUUCUCGGUGUGUAAGAAGAUGCAAAGUCGUGUGGUUGAACUGAUCCCACAGCUGGUGGACGAAGGAUUUAUGGAGGAGCUUCUCAUGGUGAACGACGACCUCAACAACGCCUUCAUUCGCUUCGAGAGGUUUGAGCGACUGAGCAAGGCUCAAAGUACAAAUACGCAACAGACCUCUGCAAGUAGCCCAAAUCUCAUCGACGUCGGUCCCGAACGUCCAACCAAUCAACAGCCUGCUACGAUCACAGCAACCAGCCAACCAGCCGUCAGCACCCAGACCAAUCCCCAAUCAUCAGCCAAUCACAAAGAAGAAGAAGAAGAGGAGUUUGACAUGUUUGCCCAGACGAGAGGCAGCUCUUUGGCUGAACAGAGGAAAAGCGUCAAGUAUGAAGAUCCUGAGACGGUGGAAGGCCUUGCUGAAGCUCUGGACUCGAGGCUGCAGGUCACAGGAGGGAUGGUGCCAGAGAAAAAGGCUUUGCAGAAUGACAUUGACAAAUGGUUAUCUUCAGAUCUGCAGGAGGGUGAGUCGUCGGUUUGUGAAGGAGUCUCCAGUGAAGAGUUUGACAAGUUUCUGGACAAUCGGGCGAAGGCGGCAGACCACAGUAACCUUUCGAUUCGCAACGUGCCGCCCUCCACACCAAGACCUCAGGCGCAACCCGCAAAGCAACAGGACGCCAAGCAUGACCAGCUCUUCUCUCUUUAAAGAAAACCUCAUCAAUGGGUUCCGAUCAACAAAGUGAUACAUGAAUGUACACAAACCGCAUAAUCAAAUAAUUUUAUACAGUAAAGUCUUUAUUUCCUUAUAAAUCUGAUGUUUUCAUGUACAUACACACAACUUUAUGCAACUCUAUUUAAAGUUUACUAUAAUGUCAAUGUGAACAAAAAACCCUAGCCUGUAUAGUUAAGUAAUUGCAAAUAUUGAUGUAUAAAAUCUAUUUGAUGAUGUGCCUUCAAACCGGAGACUUGAUUUAGUGGGAUCAAAAAUAAAUGGGGCGCUGUUCCCCAAACAUGUAGAGCUUUUUAUUUGAAAGUAUUUUUCUUGUUUGAGAAAAAUAAAUAAAUACCUAACACA